GAAAAACAGUCAGUCAGUCACCGGCCGGUCGUGCGUUACGAUGACGCGACGAAACCUUGCGUGCCGCCGGCCGCAGCAGUAGCUGCCGCGCGGUCACCAUGUGGUCGCCGGCCACUGUACGGCUAGUGGUAUUCUUAGGCUUCUAUGUGUCCUUCUUGGUCAUAGGAGCGUUCGUGUUCUCCGCAAUCGAAGCACCAGAAGAAGCUACUCGAGUCAGAGAGCUUAAGAUACUUCGACAAGAGUUCCUCGACAAGCACAAGUGUGUUCAAGAUGAAUCAAUGGAAAUAUUUAUAAAAGAAGUAUUAGCUGCAAGUAACAGAGGUGUUUCUGCGGCUAAUAAUGUUUCAGGAGAACCAAAUUGGAGUUUUGGACAAUCGUUGUUCUUUGCUUGUACCGUUAUUACAACUAUAGGUUAUGGACAUGUUACUCCAUUGUCACAGGAAGGAAAAUUAUUUUGCAUGAUGUACGCAUUAUUUGGCAUACCUUUGACCUUAGUAUUAUUGACAGCGUUAGUUGAUCGAUUGAUGAUACCCACCACAAAAUAUUUGCACUUUCUCAACAGCCGUCUCGGUCAUUUAUAUCCGCCAUUUACUAUCAGACUAUUUCAUUUUGGUACAAUACUAGGCACUUUAAUAUUUCUCUUCCUUUUGUUACCAGCAGCGAUAUUUACAUAUGUGGAACCAGAAUGGAACUACAUGGACUCUUUGUACUACUGUUUCAUAUCUCUUACAACUAUUGGCUUGGGAGAUUACAUUCCAGGCGAUGCUCCUGAUCAAAAAUAUAGACCCCUUUAUAAACUGAUGAUAACUGGUUACCUAAUCAUAGGUCUUGUUUGCGUGAUGCUUACACUAUCAAUUUAUUAUGACAUAAGACAGUUAAACUUUGGAGUUCUAUUUAUGUUGGAAAGGGAAGAAACUCGACAAACAGACCCAGAAAAAAUGCACUUACAGCAGUCUAGAGUCAAUCGGACCAAAUACACAAAUGAAAAAGAUUCACCAACAAGUUUAGACGAUACUACUCCUGUCAACGGCAUUCCUUAAAAAUGCUAAAGUUUAAAUGAAUUCAACUAUGACAUUUGCAAUGAUGUUGCGUUACCUAUUUGACCAAAUUAAUCUCUACUGGAUAUUAUACUAAUUAUUAUAUGCUGAUUUAUAGAUGAAUAUUGUUAUUAUUUUUAGGAUAUUAAAGUGACAAAAAACUAAAAAUAUGAGUAUUAUUACAUUUGUCAUUUAAUUUAUAAUUUUAAAUAUUUAAACAUAUGUCUUUAAGUGAGGAGAUGCUAAGGAACUCAGUCCCUUAUCACUCAAGAUGGAUAAAAUGCGCCCUCUCUGAGAUUUACUUGAAAUAUAAGUAGUUAAAGUAUGGAUACGUAGUGCUAUCAAAAUGAUAUAGUGAUAAUAUUCUCCUUUAUGUUCUCUGUCACUUUAAGCCCUGUUUAACAUGUAAAUUGAAAAAUUAAUAAAUGUUUAAUGAUAAAAGUUACUAUCAGACAUGUAACUUUUUUUAAAUAUAAAAAAAUUAAAAAAAUAUAAACCAUGGUUUUAUAAUUUUUCAAAAAAUUAUUUCUUAGUUCACAGUCAAAGUCUAUAAAUUUAAUUAGAUCAUCAAUAUAUAAUUUGGAGUUAUUAAUAUUAAACACAUUCUGUAGACCUUUAUCCGACGUUAUUAAUAUAAAAAAACCAGCACAGGAAGGUCGCGGUACAGCGGUGACGUGGCAUAGUUGGGUCAAGUAUAAUGAUAUCUGACAAUGAUUAAAAUAAAAAACACUUCUAUGCAAAUCUGUAGAUACUGUUUAAUUUUAAAAAAUUGGUGGGUUAUCCCAUAGGCUACAGGAUAUAAAUAUUUCCAUAUUUAUAUCCUGAUUACAAGUUUUAUGAUUUAUAAGUGUAAUAUAUGAAUAAAUGUAUUUAUAUAUAAUAUAUAAAGGAAAUGGUGUUAUUAAAAAAAAAAGUAUGUCGAAUCAAAGAGGGAUAUAAAUAUUAUUUCUCAUAAAAAAAUUGUAAUUAUCCAUACACUUUUCAAUAAGUUAUAGCAUUAGAAAGUUAAAUUCUCAGGUUCGCAUCAAAGCUAACAUAGCUCAAUAUUACGGAGAGAAAAUGUUUUGAAUGAAUAAAUUAUUCUUUGGGAACAAAAAUGUAGAAACAUCCUAUUAUGUUAUUCGUCUAAAAAUGCAAAUUUAGCUUUGUUGUAACGUGUUCUAUAAGUAUUAUUUUAGAUAAGCAGAGUAUUCAUAUAGAUUAAAUUAAAGUUGUGUUUAUUUAUGUUAAAACUAAUACACUUUUUUUUACAGUUGUUGUUUUUGGU